AGCCUCGUCAUUGUUAAUGUAAGAUUAAAGUUUCGAUUGGCUGGGAUCCACACCACUUGUAUUGUAAUGGGCUGUACAAUCCACGCGACGAGUCAGAUGAUAGAGUGGUACGGCUUCCGGGAGGGGAAACCAAACGUGCUUGCUUUGUAGAACGGAAAGCUGGUGUGUGGUACGGAUGUUGAACAUAUUCUGUUGUCUGUACAUAUAAUUUCUCAUUGAAAAACAAUGAAAGAAGGAAAAAACAUAGAGGUGAUAAACUCAGAGUCUACGGUUAAAUAUUACACACUAGAGGAAAUAAAUCGACACAGUUCGAGCAAAGAUGUCUGGAUCAUAAUCCACGAUAAAGUAUACGAUAUCACCAGCUUUCUGGAAGAGCACCCGGGAGGGGAGGAGGUAUUGCUGGAACAGGCUGCGACAGAUGCCACGGAAAAUUUUGAAGAUGUUGGCCACUCCACCGACGCCAGAGAGAUGCUGAAACAAUAUUUCAUUGGAGAAUUACAUCCGGAUGAUCGGAAGGACAGUUCAAAGGAUGUCUUAAUCACCACUUCCUCAAGCCAAUCCAGAAUGUGGACUAACUGGCUCAUCCCAGCUGUUGCUGCUGUUGUUAUGGGCCUGAUGUACCAUUAUUACACCCUGGAUAGGAAUUCAUCUUGAGCUCCCUCAUGUCUUCUCAUCCAGCUCUGCCUAUCUACAGGCCAUGAAAUCUUGGACAGAAGACCCUUCGCCUCACUCCCAGCAGGGAAUAUAUGUAGGGUGGGGGCUCCCACUUCUAGUUCACACUACAGUCAUUUGCAAGUUUACUCCCACUGGCAUAGCCUUCUGUCCACCGCAUCCUACCUGGAGCAGUGAUUUCAGGAUUGUUCUAUCUGUCUAGCGUAUUCUCUUUCCCCAUUACAGUACUUGCAAUGUGCAAGCAGUCUUUUACAAGUAUGGUAUUUUGUAGACAGUGGUAUUUUUAUUAGUGCUGGGACGAACACAGGAUUUUCAUGUUCGGAUAUUCGCUUAUAAUUUAAAUGUUUGCUCGGAUAUU